AGUAUCCCCUUGGGCUUUCCACAGGCACGCACCCGGAGGUUUUAGGUCAAUAUCCAAAGUGGGGAUGUAAACCACCAGAUUUGGAAGACCGCCAGAGAGCCCCGCCCCCCCCCCUACCGGCCAAGGCGGCAAAGCAUCGCCCCGCCCCCGAGGCCCACCGAGGAGGGGCGGGGUGAGAACGCGGCUCCAACCAUAAGGCAUUGUCUCCUGGCCCGUCCCGCGCUCUGAUUGGACCUGCGCAACCGCGUGGGCAGGGGCUGGAGCGGGAUUGGCUGGAGCCCCCAGGGGCACUUCUGGAGCCCCCAAGAGGUGGUGAUUCAGGCCGUGACUGUCUCCGUGGAAACACAGACCUCUCUAGCUGCUGUGGGCGCCCCAGCCGGGCUGGGAUGGAGGUCCUGGAAGAGUUCGACUGGGAGUACCCCCUGACCUUCACGUUCUGCGAGCUCAUCUCGGAGGAGGCUUUCGAGCGGCAGGCCGUGUCGUACACUGAACGCUCCCUUCGUCGCCUCUUCCGCAGCAUGGACCGCAACCCGGCGUUGGGAGAGCGCGUGGUGCGCAAGUGGAAGCAGGAGGAGCGCGAGCGCAGCGGCCUUACCUCCUUCCUCGCGGGCAGGUUCUUCAAAGCCCUCCAGGGAGACCUAAAUUACUACAAUAGCGUGGGGGCCUUGGAGCUGCAGCAGAGGCUGGAUAUUCUAAAGAGGAGAAUGCAGAAAUUGAACAUCUAUGCCCAAGAGGCAAGGCGAAAGAAAAGGAAGAGGAGAAGCCACAGACUAGAUCAUUCCCCUUCUACAGGGGGCAGCGUUUUGUCCCGAUCGCCAGGUGCCUCGACCACUUCCACCAGACCACCCAUUCCAGUCACAUACAUGCCCAGAGUCUUUGGUCCUUUCCCUUCUCUCUCCGACGAACAGCAGACAGAGACAUUGGCUGGUCCAAACUCUGAAAUGAAGGUGGUACAGCUAAACUGGACAGGACUGUCAUCAUCCCCUAAGAGAAUGGUUGAUCUGACUCCUUUGGUGCUUAACCCUGGUGGUUUUCAUUCUUCCCGACUCUCUGGAAACAGUACCCACAAGCUCCAAACCCCUGGCUUUCCCUGGUCUCCGGGCCUGGGUUCCACCACCAAUCCAGAGGACUUGGCCCCCACGGUGGGGAACGCCUCUGUCUUCACUCCCCCGGUGCUGCUCAAGUUCCAGCCAGCACCGAGGCCCCAGGAGGAUGCAGAGAGCGACUGUGACAGCAAGAACUUGAACUCUCCCAGUAAAGCCCCGCAAUAAGGCCCUUUUAUCACCCUGAACUCAAGAAUGAAUAAAGCUCUCCAAGGAAA